AGCGACAGAGUUCUUUCGGCGGCAGCGAGGACCGCUCACUACGGGGUGAGAUACCUCGAAGAGCGGUGUGCGUGAGGGCUGCGUGGCUGCGUGCGGGCGUGUGGCAACUUCGAUGCCCGGCGGCUGUGGGGACGGCAGCGUCUGACCGCACGAGGUGCCUGUGAAUACCUUUUUACCCGGUGCUUUCCGCACGGUCUAAGUGACCCGCCACGCUUCUAUCGGCGACCCUUUUUUUUCACGUGCGUUUCUACAGAGGCGUUGCACCGGGCCCGCCGCCAGCUAUCAUCAUCGCCGGGUCGUCCCAACAUUCGUGCGUCGUCUGCAUCGGUUGGGGGGGGGGUUACAAUCAGCUGUGUGCCUGUGCUAAGCCCUGAGGAACAAGGCGACCAUGCGGUUUGUCGCCGGUGUGAGCGUGAACGCGGUGCUUCUGUUCAGGUGCCGUGCACUGGCAGCCUGAAACGCGGUUGCCGUGGAUUUCCCAGCGGCAAUUGUGGCGGCGGCAAAAUGCUGUCGCGGCCGGUUGGCAUGUCGCUGACCGCACUGCUUUUCGUCUGCUUUCUGGCCUUCUGCUGCUGGCCCGGUCCGGCUGCUCUUGCCGAGCGACGUCUGCUGUCAGGUUCCUCCUUGCCGCGAACGAGGCCAGUGUUCCCAGAGCCCCUGGACUCCUCCCCGUCCAGAACGAGGCGGCAUGACCGUCCCACAGCGGCCAACCACUGGCAACACGCUUCCUCCGCAUUCUUGUUCUCCGCCGCGUCAUCUAGUUCCUCUCAACCUUUCUCAUCGUCAUCAUCAUCGUUACGUCCUCCUCCGUCGAUGACGUCGUCGUCCAACGCGUCGUCUUCGAACCGGCGGCGACGUUCCUCGUGGCCCUCUGCCGGGUCUUCGCAGAGGUCUCGCUCCGAAGGACGUCGGAACCACGAAGACGACGGUCCCGUGCUGUGGCGCGUAGAGCAGGGACUCACGUUACGCCUGUGGAGGGACUCGAGCCACGUGUCGCCAAGGCUUCUCGCGUUGCGGUACCGCGACGCCCCCGGCGGUCAGGACGCGAGAGACCUGGUGCCCCUGCGCGACGGCGACGCCGAGAACGAGGCCGACGGCGCGGACGACGUGAGGAACUGCUUCUACUCGGGCGACGUGGUCGGCGAGCCCGGCUCCAAGGCGGUCGUCUCCCUCUGCCACGGAAUGACUGGCUACAUCUACUCACCUUCGAGGGGCAUGUUCACCAUCGAGCCCGUGAAUGGCGGGGAGGACCAGGACCAGCGCGGUGCGCACGUGCUCAGGCAUCACCGAGGCGGCCAAUCACAGGCCAGUAACAGCACCCAGGACAACAACUCUUCCGCAGCUGAGGACGGGGAGCCUUCGAACUCGUGGAGCAGCAGCCAGCAGCAGCAGGAGCAGCAGGGCAGCGCCAGCCACCGGCGACGGCGGCGGCGGAAGCGCUCCUAUUCGAUCGAGCAGCACGUCGAGGUGCUCGUGGCGGCAGACAGCAAGAUGGCGCGAUACCACGGCAAGAACCUCAAGCACUACAUACUCACACUCAUGGCUGCGGUAGCACACAUUUACAAGGACCCCAGCAUCGGAAACCUGCUCAACAUCGCCGUCGUCAAGCUGCUUAUCAUGGAGGAGGACGAGGACAACGACAUCAUCUCGCCGAGCGCGUCCAACACGCUGAAGAACUUCUGCCGCUGGCAGCAACAGCACAACCACCCGGAGGACAGCCACCCCUACCACCACGACACGGCCAUACUGCUCACCAGAGAAGACUUAUGCAGACUGCCCAAGACAUGCGACACGCUUGGGCUGGCUCAGUCUGGCAUGAUCUGCGACCCGCAUGGGAGCUGCGCCGUUGUCGAGGACAACGGUCUCAGCGCAGCCUUCACCAUCGCCCACGAACUGGGACACGUCCUGAACAUUCCUCACGACGACGACCAGAAGUGUGCCAAGUACCGGCUGGCCAGUCAGCCGCUGCACGUCAUGGCCCGCAUGCUGGACUACAACAGCCACCCGUGGUCCUGGUCAGCCUGUAGUAGGCACUACGUCACCAAUUUCCUCGAUGCAGGCUACGGUCUCUGCCUUCGCGACUCUCCCGGCGAGAACCUGCUGGUGGCGCCCCCCUCCGCGAGCAGCCGUUCCUCACCGAGCAGCAAGCAGGCCGGCGAGCUGUUCAACAUGGACGAGCAGUGCGAGCUAGUGUUCGGCCGGGGCGCCAAGGUGUGCCCGUACAUGCCCGUCUGCAAGCGACUCUGGUGCACCGUGCACGGACACCCGCACGGAGGGUGUCGCACCCAGCACAUGCCGUGGGCCGACGGUACCUCCUGCGGCAAGAACCACUGGUGUCAGCAGGGUCAGUGCGUGGCCCGUCCUGCGGACGCCGAGCGUCGCAAGAAGGUCGACGGCGAGUGGGGUCCCUGGCAGGAGUACGAGCGCUGCUCCAGGACCUGCGGAGGAGGUAUCCAGAGCACGCGGCGAGAGUGCAACAGCCCGAGCCCUGCAUUUGGAGGUCGCUACUGUACCGGCGAAAGAGUCAAGUACCGCUCGUGCAACACACAGCCCUGCCCCCUCGGUUCCAUGGACUUCCGCGAGCAGCAGUGUUCGGCGUUCAACGGCAAGACGUUCAACUUUCCCGACGUCCCCUACAACCCCAAGUGGACGGCACAUCAUUCCGGAAUCUCGCACGUGGACUCGUGCAAGCUGUACUGCCGGGUGGUGGGCCAGUCCGCCUACUAUUUGCUCAAGGAGAAGGUAAUAGACGGCACCGCUUGCAACCCGGAGUCCUUCGACGUAUGCAUCAAUGGAGUCUGCAAGCCUGCCGGUUGUGACCACCAGCUGAACUCGACGGCGACGACCGACAUGUGCGGCGUGUGCGGUGGUGACAACGCCACCUGCCGGACCAUCAAGGGACACUUCAACCUCGCAAAGUUCGGCUACAACUUCGUGACAGUAAUUCCUGCUGGGGCCAGCUACGUAGAGAUUAACCAAUUUGGAUUCGAAAAGGACGACAACUACCUCGCGUUGAAGAGUGCCGAGGACGAAUUCCUGCUGAACGGCAACUACACGGUGAGCAUGUUCCGCAAGACGCUUCGCUACGGCGGCACUGUCAUCGAGUACAGCGGUUCCAACGCCUCCGUCGAACGCAUCAACGCCACCAAGCCGCUCGGCAAGGAACUGCACCUCAUGGUUCUCACCGUCGGCAAAGUGGAGUCUCCUGACAUCCGGUUCCAGUACACCAUGUCGAUUAGAGACGAACGCCGCUACUACUGGGAACUGAGCCCGCACUGGAGUGAGUGCAGCUCCCACUGCCAAGGUCACCGCCACCGUCGCGCCGAGUGCAAGCGUCGGCCUGACUCCAGCGUCGUGGACGACAUCCACUGCGAGCCGAGCACCAAGCCGCAAACCCUGGCCGAGGCCUGCAACCUGCACUGCACGCUAUGGUGGCGUGUUGGCGAGCCCUCCGAGUGCUCCGCGCGGUGCGGCAACGGGGUUCGAACCCGCAACGUGCAGUGCGUGCAGCGCUCCGACGGCGGACAGGAGUCCGUGGUGCCCGACAGCCGAUGCGAGGCGCGGGAGCCCAAGCCACUGGAGGUGGAAAAGUGCGGCGAGCCAUGCCGGAACUUCCGCUGGGACUACGGCGACUGGCAGACCUGCAGCAAGACGUGCGGCGGUGGCGAGCAGGCUCGCUCGGCUGUGUGCGUCAACGAGAACCAGGAGCGGCACCCGGACUCUCAGUGCGACCUCUCGUCUCGUCUCGUGAAGCGACCGUGCAACAAGGGUGACUGCCCGCGCUGGGAGCUGGGGCACUGGACAGAGUGUUCUGUGACGUGCGGCUCUGGCCACCGGAAGCGCCCUCUGUGGUGUCACGACGGAGACCGCGUAGUGGCGUCGAGCUUCUGCCACCCGUCGCCGCGACCGCAGGACACGGAGCCGUGCGAGAUGCCGCCCUGCGAGGCGCCCGCCAGAUGGCACCUCGGCGAGCAGGGACCCUGCUCCGUAACGUGCGGUGGGGGUGUGACCUACCGGAACGUGACGUGCCGGUCGGCCAGCGGUGCGAUCGUCGACGAGGUCCACUGCCACGGAUCUCCGAGGCCGCAUGAGGCCUCCGAGUGCAACCGAGUCUCCUGCCCGCUGCCGUGGAACUCCUCCCCCACCGCGGCGGACAGGACCGGCAGCGUGACGUCAGCCGCGUCCGAGCACCCGUCCACGGGCCCGCGGUCCAAUUUCGCGGCCUGGAAGUCGGCGCCAUGGUCUCAGUGCUCGGCGACGUGCGGCAGCGGAGUGCGCAAGCGUCAGGUGAGCUGCAUCAACGAGGUGACGGGCGCCGUGCUGCCGGACGAGGAAUGCGUCUACGAGAUCCGUCCGAGCGGCGCGGAGGCCUGCGACGCCGGCACCUGCGGCAAGUGGCAGCACGGAGACUGGUCAGCGUGCUCGUCCAAGUGCGGCCCGGGUGUGUCCAGCCGGCGCGUGCAGUGCUUCGUGCGCGAUAACCUGCGCGAGGUUCUGCCCGACAGCCAGUGCGACGAGGCGAUAAGGCCCAAGCAGGAGCAGCCGUGCGUGGGACCAUGCCUGGGCAGCGGCGGUGUUCCUCCCGUGGACAACGGCAACCACCCGUCAGGGAACCACGUCGAGGGUCCCUACCGCUGGCGGUUCGGACAGUGGGGCACGUGUUCCAAGAGCUGCGGCGGCGGCACCCAGCGCCGCCAAGUGGUCUGCGUGGACAACCUGGAGAGCAAGAGCAACGCGUGCAACGAGCUGCUGCGGCCUCCCGAGACGCAGCACUGCAACACCGAGGAAUGUCCCUCGUGGUCAGUCAGCGAGUGGACACCGUGCGAUCAAGAGUGCGGCGGUGGUCAGCAGACGCGCCGCGUCGUGUGCCAGGGCAUCAUCGGCUUCGUGGACGCGCACUGCCCGCAGCCCAAGCCGGAGAUCAAGCGUGCCUGCAACAUGCACUCUUGCGCCGCGCCCACGGCGAGCUACCGGUGGCGGCCCGGACCAUGGUCCUCGUGUUCGGUGACGUGUGGCAGCGGCGUGAUGAAGCGUAGCGUGGAGUGUGUCGACAGCGCCCUCCAGGCGGCGCCCUACGCCAACUGCGAGGGUGAUCCACCCGAACACAUCAAGGACUGCACCAUGCGGGAGUGUCCCCGGUGGCAGCUAUCUCCGUGGUCACAGUGUUCAGCGCCGUGCGGCAACGGGACCCAGAAGCGGGUGGCGCGUUGUAUGCGACGCGGCGUGGAGGUGAGCCACUUGGAGUGCCACGGCAGGCGGCCAGAGACCCAGGUUCGCACCUGCAACCUGCGUACCUGCCACUACCGCUGGAAGAAAAAGCGGUGGAGCCCCUGCACCGUGACGUGCGGUGGUGGUCGGCAGACUCGCUUCGUGGAGUGCGUGGAUCGGAAUGGGAGGCAUGCUGCCGACCGUUACUGUGCUUCCCAGCGGCGACCGAAGGUUGUACGCAACUGUGCCGCCGAGCCAUGCCCCUUUGUGUGGAGGACGUCCGACUGGUCGGAGUGCAGUCGCACUUGCGGCGAAGGCUUCCAGAAGCGCUCGGUCACCUGCCACAAGGUGAACGCGUACGGCUGGGUGGACCCGACUCCGCUCACCCCCGGCGCGGCGGAGCGCCUCAGUCUGCUGGAGGCCGAAUCGUCGCCCUUCUACCACGGCACCCAGGAGCGUCGAGGGCCGAACUACUGCUCGGACCAGGAGAAGCCGCCACACUCGCGGACCUGCAUGGUCGGACAUUGUGGCGAGGGAGUCUUCUGGAGACCCGGGCCGUGGACACCGUGCUCGACUAAUUGUGGGCAAGGCAAACAGAAGCGACGCCUCCGCUGCUACGACCAGCGAAACAAGCGAGUCAACAACAGCCACUGCAGCAGCGCACUCAAGAACAGGAUCAAGAGGAAGAGGCGAUGCUUCUUGCGACCAUGCACCGCGGUGAGCUGCGCCGAGGUACAGAGGCGCGGAGGUGUGCGCGUGGACGGUGAGCAGAAGCUGUACGUGCGCGGGCGCCUGGUGAGCGUGUACUGCGCGCGCAUGAACACAUCGGCGCCGCAGGAGUAUCUGUCGCUCGCAAGCGGGGAGAGCAACAACUACUCCGAGGUCUACGGCAAGAGGUUACGGAACCCGGACGAGUGUCCGUUCGGUGGCGCGCGUGUGGACAAAUGUGACUGCAUCGAUGACUACAAGGCUUCCCUCACCACUUUUUCAAAGGUCUCAUUCAACAUCACCACCUUGAGUGUGGACAGACACGACUUCACCUACAGCCGAACGCUGCACGGUGCCCCGGCAGCCGUCGGUGGUGCAGGCGACUGCUACAGUCGGGCCCAGUGUGCGCAGGGCCGCUUCUCGCUGUCGCUGGCUGGCACCGACUUCACCGUGUCGCCACUCACCGAGUGGGUUACGCAGGGAAGCCACACCUACCACAGCAUACGACGUCUGCAGGAGGGCCAGAUCAUUCAAGGCAGGUGUGGUGGAUACUGUGGUCAAUGCCUCCCAGACCCCACGGUGGGACUGCUGCUUGACGUCCGUCCCCCUUGACUGAGUUGGAGGAGUUAGAUCUGCCGAUCCUUUCGAGUGACUCGAGACAACUACACCACAAUGGAAGAGUCGUGGCGGAUGGCUUUUUUUUCGUCAAGGGAAAGAAACUCUGUGUGAACGCAGUGUUCGACGCUGAGUGCAGUAUUUUCUGGCAAAGUCUUCUCAACAGAGAUGUGGACUGAAGAGGGAAGGCUCUGCCAGACCUGGAAACCAAACCCCUCCCCCAAUCCCUCUCUUCCUUCGCCCCACUCAGUCUCGUGUUCAUCACCGCUUCUCCCCGAGAGCUCCACAAUUACACUUCGGUCGCCUUUUCACCCACCGUGCUACUUUGCUUGGAUUCAUCUGGCUGUGUGUCACCGUGCUGAGGGCUCACGUUUCAACUUAGAAGCGCAAUUGAAGCGAGUCCGACGAGAUGUGCCAUCGACCGGUGUUUUCCCGCAGCAGUGGACGACCAAGUGUGCAGCAAGUUGAGAGAUACGCUCUGCCGUUGUUGUUGUGUGUGCGCGACCCCAUUGUGUCUGUUUGUUUUAACCGUUCCAUGUAACUCGUCGCCCACGGUUGGAUCAAUCUCGCAGUCGUCGUUGUAACUGUUUCGUUUUCCCAUUAACGCCUUUCCCUCCCUCGUCUGACACUACACUGCGACUUUGCUGUAGGUGCGUUGGUUACUUCCUAUUGAGACCGCGCCCUGGCUUUGUUCUUUUUUUCAUCCGUGACAUUGUUUUUUUUUCUUUGUGUGACGAUUCAAGCUGCAUCGAGAAAAACCCAGUGGACGUGAAUCCCUUAUUGUGUUUUUUUUUUGUGCUGCAAGAUAAAGCUCGCUUGUGCACCGAAGCAUAUACGGACGACACAAUGUGGGCUGGAGGUUCGCUCGACGCGACGUGCCCUCUACGAACUGUGCUUCGGUGAAACGAACCUCGACGACGAAUCGUUUUUCGGCCAUGCAAAGUGUGACGCUGUCAUCAUUAUUUAUUACUUAUACAGGAGGAGUGCCAAGUUUGAAGAGGAACCAAGGAAUAUAUACAACAUACUUUAGGGCAAAGCCCCCCAACUUGUACUUUGUUCUCAGUGGUGCGACGUUUGCGUUGGCUUUACUUUAGGAGAGAAAUCCUGGAGUUGCGCGAAGUCUUUGGGCUUUUGCUCGCAUGAAUGUACAGGCUUCAUAAAUUUGUAUAUGUUGUAAAAGUAGGAAAAGGUAAUGACUAUUGCUCCCCAUAAGUGAAGUAAGAACUUGACUUCUUAUAUCGAAAGCUGAUAAUUGUUUAACUGAUAGCUAUUAGGGACGCACCUGCAAAUUAAACAUAUGCUUUAUGCACAACGAGUGCUACCAUCAGAAGCUAAUGCCUUUCGUGCAAGUGUCAAAUGCCGAAGAAAUUUUCCUUUCCCUCUGUAUUCUUUCUUGAAGAAGUUAGGCUUAUCGGGUGUGAGAAUCUGUAGACUUAACCAUCCUACGAGAUCGUGGAUUUGCUGUCUCUGAAAUCACAACGAGAUCUAGAGCUGGCAAAUCUAGAAGCACUUGUGCCUACUGCGCAGUGAUGUAGGUGUACGAAAAAGGAGAUCAGAAAUCUUUAAUAGCGUGUGCCUGUGGUUAGCUUAAAGUGACUUCAAUGAGGGCCAAAGCUGAGAUAAGGUCACAAACAUUAACAUAUCCAGGAGAUGCAUUUUGGUGAGGUGAUGAAGCACCACCAAAGAGUAUUCACCGUUGAGGAAUCUCAACAGGUGGUAUGUGCUUUUGUCCUGUGCUUGUCUUACCAGGUAUGUAGCUGUUUCACUGCAAUGCAGAGCAAUUUCUUGAAGAAUGCAGUCUUUGUGCACUUUUAUAGAGACAUAGGACUGACAUUCGAUCUACAUACUAGUAACUUUCUUAAACCAUUAACGAUAUGACUGACGAACUUUCCCAAAACAGCGGAUGUCAUAUAGUUUUAUGUCAGCAGAGAUGCAUACAGUCACCACCACUUAGAUUGAAAAACCACGCUCUAGCCAACUGGCAAAUGAGCUCCAUUGCCUAGAUUCAUAAUCUAGCAGGCCCAGGGCAUCAAUGUUUCACCUGGCUUCUUGUGCUAUGUAGGUAUAUGUUAGUUGUGCUAGCUUACGAUUCAUUUUCGUAGAGAUAUUUUCAUGCAUUCUGUUAACUUUGUUUUUUAUCAAGGAGUGCUUGUGUUAUCCAUCACCACAUGCGUCUCCUGUUGACGACAUGAGGCAACCUCCGGAUUUCUUUCCUAAUUACUGCUCUGGAGUGAAGAUCGCAAACAGCACCACUUUUUUUAGCUGUCGUGGGGUCCUACUGCCAUGUACUAUCACAGCGGCCUCUAUUGGCCAAAUUCUUACAUGUACCAACGGAAGCUUACGCGUCUACUUAGAGUGCGGUCAGAGCCAUAGAAGUUGUCCUUGUUUUACGAGUGUGUGCAUGUGCGUGUUUAAUACUGUGUCACUGUGGGGAAAAAAUUGAAGAGCGUGACCAUUGCUGCCUAUAGCAAGUGUUCAGGCCACCUACCUCAAAGAGAGCCGAAAGAUUGCCAUGACACAUUGGCUGAAUUGAAGUACUUUUUUUUGGUAACUUCCAUUCAGCCGCUAAUGCAUAGACAGCCCUACUUUGCUAUUAAAAAGGGGUACAUGCGCUGCUUCAAAGAUAACUUCGUUUUUCACUCAUUUACUCAGCAUGCCGUGCUUAUUGUAAGAUUCUGGGAGCCUAGCACCGUGCGAGUUGUUUCUAGAGGUGGUUAGAUUUUCGUAAGUGUGAAACCUGUUGCCAUGAAGUGUUCUACGUUUUCGCUAUAGUUUUGUGCUACAAUUUUUCGUACGUUGCUUAAUAUAGGGGGCCAAAGUAAGCAUUUAGUUUCUUUCGUUUCUGGUUUGCAGGCAAAGAAGUGUGAUGACGUACACAACUGGACAAUGCUUUUAUGAUUAUGUUACUCUGGCGCUUGGUUGGUGAUAGAUUGUUGGAAGUUUAGUUGAAGCUCGAUACAUGUCUUUAGCGAACCAAGUUUCAUAGUUGUACGUGCAGCUAUGCGUCUAAAUAUGUAAAAAAUCAGCUAUUGUGAUAAUACCUUUGCAACACUCGAUUAAAUAAGACUUUUAAAAAAUUACUGCUGCUACUACCACUGCUGAUGAGCUGUGAUUAAGAAAUCAUCACUUCGCAACCUUCAUCCACGCUGAAGCAGAGAGUAAGAAAUGCAACCUAUAAUUCAAGGGAAAUCAAGUAUCAAGACUGCAUACAUUACUCCUGUGCCUGUUUUGUGUGUAGCACCUUAGAAAUAUUGUAUAAAUGCCCAUUAAGUUGCACUCGCGAUUGAAUAAUGUUUGGGAAGUUUUUCACACUGGGGAGUGUCAUCACUACAUAGUGUUGUAGCUACAGCUGAAUUUAUUGGAACAGUUUGCAGACACUUCUCACAAUUGAAAUGACUAAUUGCUGGCAUGGAACGACUUGCAAGUUACUUAUUGACACUGAAUUAUCUUGCGGCGAUCAGUCAAGAAAACUGACAAACCACCGCGAUCAAGUCACAAGUUUGCUCCGGCAACAUGGCAGUGCAAUUUUGUGUCCAUAACAAGGUUUCCUCGUCAUCAUACUAGCCCUGCAGAUUUUACAAAAAGACCACGGGAAAACAAAGUGCUAUCCAAUUGCGCUGCGAAAAUUCGUUGUCAUGUAAGGCAUGUGCCAUAGUGUCCAUGGCAAAUUUAGCAGCUGUCACUUCAUUGUACUGAUGCUCUUCUAACUUCUUUCGCUACGGCACUCGACCGUGCACCUUGACUAACCUUAUUCAUCUAAGACGACUGAAAGCUCAGUCGAAUGUUAGUUUUUCAAACGUAUGUAGUGACAAAUAUUUCGUGCAGUUGCUAGUCGCCAAAUUCCAGUGCCAUUUCUCAUCUUGAUCCACUGAGGUGAAGUUUGCGGUUUAAUUCUGCUAACGUAAUGAACGCGAUGAAUUGAUGACAUGCAUCUGCUGCUAAGGGGAUUUCAUGCGCACACACACUAUCUGUACUUGCAACCUGCAUGAUUAUUCACAUACGCACAUUUCUCAUGAGCGAUUCAGAUGUGAAAAAUGAGAAGUUUCCACCUCCCCCCCUUCCCCCCUCGAUGUCUUGCAGUUCUGUACACUAAAGUAACCGUACAGCUUGCUCUAACGAAUCAUCGCCCAUAUAUAUCGGUUGCACAGCAUAUACGAUGUCCCUUUGCUGUGGUCGCUGUUUCGUAAUGCAAAAAUAUAUGCAGGUUUAACCCAGACAGCUCCCACCGAGUAUUCGGCAUCGUAAAAACAAAAUUAAAAGUGCUAUGUGUAGCCAAACAUACCCGUCCAGAGUCCGUUGUAGCAGGACGCAUCUCGGCAGCAUGAAGGCAUUUUUGUCAAGAUGUUCUUUCAAUUUUCAUCGCACAAACGCUUGUCUUGUAGACUGCGCACAAGUACGCUUCCCUCCGAUGUACUUUCGCGAGGUCGGGGCUACUGCAGAGCAUUCUAGGUGACUUAUCUGUGCUUUAUAUGUAAUGCAACUUGUAGUAUAUGAUGCGAUCAACUCCUUGUACUGUGAACCGCUAGCCUACUUGACUAAGACUGGUAAAUUGCGCGUAUCAUUUCGUGUAGUGCGCAAUGUUGCUUGUUGCUUCACUGUGCAUACCACCUCCCAAAAAUGGCUUCCGCUACUACUAGGGGAAUCGUGUCAUUCAUUCUAAAAGCAUUUGUUAGUCUUUCUUUAUUGUUGCAUUUGAGUGAAAAAUGUUGUCAGUAGUUCCUGCAGCUAAGAGUUGAUAGCUUGCGCGUGACGUCAUGGACGUAGGUUCUUAACGUACUGGUGCCCCAACAUGGCGGCUUAGAUGACGUCAAAGCGGUGUGAUUACGUCGCGAUUAACCUGCAUCAGUGUGUUAACGACGCCGCUGGAAGGAUUAUAUUGACUUCUAUUAAUAACGAAAAAACGAGCGUGCGAUGUACGGCUAAUACUAAAGUGGCAUCACGUACUUUGCGUCUUGCCAUGUUGGUGCUCGAACGCGGCCACUUCAUUGACGUCUAUGCAAUCAAUCUAUAUAAUGUCAAGCAUGCUUCGUUUCGAAUGCUGGAGCGGGUCUUGUGAAUCGCAGUGAAGCGCUUGCUGCCAGAAGGUUCUUCACUGCGCACGUGAGAAUGUUUUCACUGCUCAGAAAACAAGGUGUUACUACCAAUGAUAGCGAUAUAAAUUACAAUGGUAGGCUGUGCGUGCCUGAGAGAAGUUGUACCGUUAUAAUGUCGUUGGCUUGCCCGUUUCCCGCGCUUUCUUCAGUUCUCCUCAACCGUUAGCUUCUCGUGCCCGGUGUUACGCGUUGUGUUUUUCCUCGUGUCAUGUGCGUAGUGAAACCUUCGCGUGUUUCUAUUAUGGUGAUUACUAUUAUAAUUAUUAUUGUAAUUACAUUUUUUUUUUCUGAGGAGAGGAUGCUUUUGGUCCUCUUCUGUACUGCCAUGCGUUUUGGCCGCACUGCCUGUAAAUAAACAUGAUGCACAUCACCACACUGCA